AAUUCCACGUGGUUAUUAUAAUACAAAUACAAAUCACACCAUGUUCGAGUAUUCGCGUUUGAGUAUUCGCGUUCGAGUAUUUACUUCCGCGUUCGAGUAUUCGCAUUUGAGUAUUCACGUUCGAGUAUUCACGUCCAC